GCCAAUAGCAUACCAUGGGUGAUUUUCUGCUUAUCGUUUUCAUAAUUUUCACCAUUGUAGCUUCAAUUAUCUAUGCCCAACAAAAUUAUACGGGCAAUACUGUCAUGAGUUGUAAAGGAAUCAAUGGAACAGGAACUACAGCUUCGUUUCUGUAUUCUUGCAAUGGUGAAAAGCACUCCUGUCGAGCAUUCCUGAUUUUUAGAUCACACACUCCUUAUAAUUCAGUUUCUUCCAUCUCAAAACUCCUAUCUUCGGACCCUGAUGAGAUUGUCCACAUCAACAACAUCUCAAGGUCUGAAUUCUUGGAUCAGAACCAAGAACUUAUAGUUCCAGUAAAUUGUUCAUGUUCAGGUCAGUACUAUCGGGCUGACACCUCUUAUGUUAUACCAAGCAAAUAUGAUACCUAUUUUACUAUCGCGAACAACACGUAUCAGGGGUUGUCUACUUGCAGUGCCCUUGUACAUGAAAAUAUCUACAAUACACUGGAUCUGGUUCUGGGUCUAAAUUUGCGGGUACCACUCAGAUGUGCCUGUCCUACAAGGGAUCAAACAAGAAAUGGUGUGAAAUAUCUGGUAACUUAUUUGGUUACUUGGGGGGGCAACGUUUCUACCAUUAGCGCGCAGUUCAGUGUCAGUAGUCAAAGUACAGCAUAUGCAAAUGGAUUAUCUGAAAAUUCAGUUCUUAAUCCUUUCACAACUAUAUUGAUUCCUCUACCAAAAGAACCUUCAAGCUUCCAAACAAGGACUAUUAAGAGAGCACAGACUGAAAUCUUUUACCCUUCUAAGCACAAAAUAUCGUACAUCAGUCUUUUUAUUGGGGUAGGAAUUGGUGUUUCCCUUGCAGUUCUCUGUUUUACCUUGUUCAUUGUCUUAAAACACAAAAAGGAGAACGAAAGAUGUGAAGUGCUUGGGAAAGGAAGAGAAGGGAAACAAAACUGGAAUUUACCAGAACAUGUCCUGGAAAAUAUAGUUGGUAUGGAUCAAAUGAUUAAAGUCUAUGAAUUUGAAGAACUGGUGGCUGCAACUGAAAACUUCAGCUCGCGAAGAAGACUUAGUAAUUAUGUUUAUAAAGGGGUCCUUAGAGGAAAACUGCUGGCCAUCAAGGAGAUGAGGACAGACAUAUAUAAAGAGGUUAAAUUCCAUGCAAAGAUCAAUCAUUUCAAUUUAAUCAGCCUCACUGGUGUAUGUAAGCAUCAUCAACUAUCCUAUCUUGUUUUUGAGUUCAUGGAAAAUGGAUCUUUAAAAGAAUGGCUUUUCAAGGAUGAUAACCUGGAGGCUCAGAGCUGGAACUGCAGAAUUUGUAUUGCCUUAGAUAUCGCUGAUGGUCUAGAUUACAUUCAUAACUUCACAGCUCCAGCUUAUGUGCACAAUAACAUUAGCAGUAACAGAAUCUUACUUAACAGAGAUCUAAGGGCCAAGAUUUCAAAUUUUAGCUUGGCAAGAUCAGCUGACUGUGAGGGAAAGACAAGUUCAUCUAUGAAAUUCGCCGAGGGAAGAAAUGGCUACUUGGCACCUGAGUACCUUCAAACUGGUCAGGUUACUCCCAAGAUAGAUAUCUAUGCAUUUGGAAUCGUUCUGUUGGAGAUAAUUACAGGAAAAGGGGCAGUUUUCGAGCAGGAUGGAAAAGAAUUACUCUUAUCAGAGACAGUGCUUGGAAUUAUGGAUGAACAAUCUAAGAUUCAAGAACUAACAGAUACAAGGCUAGAAGUUAAGCACCCCCUUGGUUACAUAAUUCAACAAACUGAUCUCGUGCUUCGAUUGGUGAAACUGUGUGUAGCUUGCUUGGUGACGGAACCUGAAAGAAGACCAAGUGCAGCAGAAAUUAUAUCUACCUUAAUCAAAAUCCAGUCAGAUGUACAAAACUAG